GAUAUAGAUCGAAGUGACCAACCCAGAGAGCUCAGUAGCUGCUGUAUAAUAACUGCAGUCAUCGCUCACUUGGUGCAAGUUUUUUUAUCGCACAUUCGUACCAUGAAACUGAGAGCAGCGCUAUUCGGAAUCGGAAUUCUUCUGAUUACCACAAAUUAUGUGAAGGUGGAUUGUCGCAGAAUUCAUCAGCGCAUCAAACCAUCCUGUGAAUGCGGAGUGUCCGGAGAAGGUGUGUCCAACCGCAUAGUUGGUGGACAGAUCUCAAUCCCACACAUUUUUCCAUGGGUCGCAGCAAUCUUUAACAAAGGAUCUUUACAUUGCGGUGGUACCCUGAUAAAUGACCGUUACAUUCUGACCGCGGGACAUUGCGUGAAAUGGACGAAUCCCAACGAUCUUGCAAUAGGUCUUGGUAUGCACGACAUCGAAAACGCGAACGAAGGUUACAUCGCACCAAUCGAUCGAGUUAUUCUUCACGAAAACUUUGAGAGUGAUCAACUGCAUGACACCAACGACAUCGCAUUAAUUAAGCUCAAAUAUCCGGUCAAAUACAGCGAGAACGUGCAGCCGGUUUGCCUUCCUCGCAAAGGAUCCGACUACACGGAUCAUGCAGUCAAAGUCACUGGAUGGGGACGAGUCACCAACAGUGGAGGUGCUUCCAGAUUCCUUCGUCAAGCUGAAUUAAAAGUGAUGCCGUAUUCGACAUGCCGAAAUACUUCAUUCGGGGAUCAUCUCACCGAAUCUAUGCUCUGUGCCUAUACGGAUGACACGGAUGCUUGUCAGGGAGACAGCGGUGGUCCUCUUCUCUACCAGAGGUUCGACGGAAAGUAUGAGAUAAUUGGGAUCGUGUCCUGGGGGAUAGGAUGUGCCAAGCCUGGAAUGCCGGGUGUCUACGUCAAGAAUACGGACUACCUUAACUGGAUUCGAGCCUACACGGCAAACGCGGUUUAUUGCGCUGACAAUUAAAUUUGGUUUGUCGGAUUAUGAUUUUAAUCAAUUCGACGCAUGAUAACGAUGAUGAGUAUAGUUUGAUUCGAUGACGUGGUUGAUGGCGGUGAUGGCAAUAAAUGUGGUGAUAAUUUUAAGUGUUUUAUUUUACCGUCUACACGCGGACGUGGCGAAGGUGAAAACGGCCAACUCGGACCGUGAGUAUUUUUCAAUUUUAUGAUACAUAAACCUCUAUAGAAAUUUCAUAGACGAGAAGUAUAGAAAACGUGAAACAUCAGGCAACACAAGGGUAAAACAAAACUCCUACAAGUUACAGAAUUUUCAAAUUAUUUAAGAAAAAAAUUUAGAGAGAAACGGUAUGGCGCGGUAAGAUUUGCCUUCGCAAAAACAUCAACCGUAUUUGAAAGAAAUGAAUAUCAGAGCAACAGAUUUUUUAUCGUAUUUCUAUCGUCUUUGCAGCAUGUCGUUAACGCAAUCGCCACGGUCUACAUUUCCAAUUUCAUUUAACGACCCAACGUCAUUACUACAGUUUCACCUUGAUAACUUUUCGGGCCGCAUGUUGAAACAAUAGUUUAUAAUCAAAAACAUUUAAAACCAAAUAUCGCUAACGGAUAUAAAGCGCUGUAAAACAAAUUGAAUAAAAAUUUACGAACUGUAUAUUAAUUGUCGAAGUCGUGUAUCACUGCAGUCUCGACGUGUACGAAAUACUGCAUAUGUAUGUAUUAUCACUAGAUGACUAUAUAAUUUAUGAAUGCACACAUUCGUUGACGCAUUCGAAAAAUAUUAUACACUGUACUUCAACGCGCCAGAUUUUCAUGAACUAUGAUUUUUAUUUCUCUGCUCGUGUAUAAUUGAAUAACAUCAUACGAACUAUAUUCUUCCGUCAAUAAAAAUGGUACAAUGGA